AUGGGGUUGUGUACGAAUGGAUUCAUGAAUGAUAUUCAGUGGAGAAUUCUAAGUGGAAAAAGUUGUUAUCUAGAGCAUUUACCGUUGUUUUCACGAGCUGCUGCAAAUUUUCGAAAGUGUUUUGAUCCCAUUGUUGCAAUAUCUGGCCAUGACCUGUUUCCUGUUAUGGUCUAUGGGAGAAAUGUUUCUGGCCAAGAAUUUGGGGGAAUGUAUUGCAUUGUUUUUAUUUUGAAUUCUAUUGUAGUAUCUGUCAGGCUUCUUAAGAUUUUUGGCUGCAAUAUUGAUGAGCUUCCCCUGGUAGCUACAAGUAGAGAGUAUCAAGAAAAAGGUUAUUUUCAAGUGUUGCUCUCUUGCAUAGAGAGGUUGUUGUCUUCUCUAAAUGUAGAAAAGCUGGUUCUCUCUGCUGCAGGGGAUGCAGAGUCAAUUUGUACUAAGAAAUUAGGCUUUUACAAGAUGAGUGAAGAUCAGUUAUCCAAAUAUCUUAAAGAGGGUCUCUACUAUUUCAAAACCAUGAAAGAGCAUUACGGAUUUGAGCCUUCGAUGGAUCACUAUGGUGCCAUGGUUGACCUUCUCGGUCGAGCUGGAAAGAUAGUGAUGCCAAUGAUAGUAUAA